AUGCCUCCCUAUGGUACCCCACCACAUCCAUAUGUUGCAAUGUAUCCCCAUGGUGUAUAUGCUCAUCCAUCCAUUCCUCCGGGUGCUUAUCCUUUUAGUCCUUUUGCAAUGCCUUCUCCAAAUGGUAUCGCUGAGGGAAACACUCCUGGCAGCAUGGAAGCAGAUGGUAGGCCAUCUGAUGUUAAGGAAAAAUUACCUAUUAAAAGAUCUAAAGGAAGUUUGGGCAGUUUAAACAUGAUUACUGGGAAGAAUAAUGAGCAUGUUUUCUUGGUGUUUGUUGAAGCUAUAAAUGUUCUUGAGCUCUGCUUUGUGGCCCAAGUUUGUCCGUUUAGUGAUGAUUUGGUUUUGUUGGAUGGAACUGAAAGAGUAGGUGCUGAGAGUGGUAGUGAAGGCUCAAGUGAAGGAAGUGACGCAAAUUCUCAGAGUGACUCGCAAAUGAAGUCAGGUGGCAGGCAAGAUUCUCUGGAAGACACAUCUCAAAAUGGUGGUUCUUCACAUGGUGCUCAGAAUGGAGGACAGGGUGCAUCUAAUACAAUCAUGAAUCAAACAAUGGCUGUCAUGCCAAUAUCUGCUGCCAAUGCUUCUGGAGCCAUACCUGGUCCCACAACCAACUUAAAUAUUGGAAUGGACUAUUGGGGAGCCCCUGCUUCAUCUACUGUUCCUGCAAUUCGAGGGAAGGUUCCUUCUACUCCAGUUGCUGGAGGGAUAGUUACUACUGGAUCACGAGAUGGUGUUCAGUCACAGCUUUGGUUACAGGAUGAAAGAGAGCUUAAGAGACAGAGAAGGAAGCAGUCAAACAGAGAAUCCGCUCGCCGGUCCAGGUUGCGUAAACAGGCUGAAUGUGAUGAGCUGGCCCAACGUGCUGAAGCCUUAAAAGAAGAAAAUGCCAAUCUCAGAUCAGAAGUAAAUCGGAUCAAGAGUGAGUACGAGCAACUUCUUGCAGAGAAUGCCUCUCUUAAGGAAUAUGAUGAACGGCGACAAUCGACCAAGAGAUCAUCAACUUCUUCUCAAGUUAUUAAUUUAUUCCAUGCUACAUUUGCUGGGAUUAGUGAAGUCCCUUAUUUUUCAAGAUUAACGAAAGGUUCGACCGAGUAA